AUGGAGGCUGGAAGGGAACGCUUUCUUACACAAAGGCAAGUCCUGCUUCUCUUUAUUUGUCUGGGUGGGUCUUUGGCUGGGUCGGAAUUGAGACGCUAUUCUGUGACGGAGGAAAGCGAGAGGGGCUUUUUAAUCGCCAAUGUAGCCAAGGAUGUGGGGCUGAGGGUGGAAGAAUUGGCCACAAGGGUGGCCCAAGUUGCGUCCAGAGGGAACAAACAGCAUUUCCAGCUCAAUUACCAGACCGGUGAUUUGCUCCUGAAUGAGAAACUGGACCGAGAGGAGCUGUGCGGUUCCACGGAGCCAUGUGUCCUGCCGUUUCAGGUGCUACUGCAAAAUCCUUUCCAGAUCAUCACAACUGAGCUCCAAGUCAUAGAUAUUAAUGAUCAUUCGCCGGUGUUCUUUGAGGAUGAAAUGCAGGUGCAAAUCCCAGAAAGCUCUCCAAGGGGAGCAGUGAUUCCUUUGGGAAAUGCUGAGGACUUGGAUGUGGGAAGAAAUAGUCUCCAGAACUACACCCUGACUCCCAAUUCCCACUUCCACGUGGUCACACGGAGUCGCAGGGACGGAAGGAAGUAUCCGGAGCUGGUGCUGGACGAAGCGCUAGACCGGGAGGAGCAGCCGGAGCUCACUUUGGUCCUCACGGCGCUGGAUGGCGGCUCCCCUCCACGGUCCGGGACCGCCCAGAUCCACAUCUUCGUCCUAGACAUCAAUGACAACGCGCCCACAUUUGCACAGCCGCUCCACGAGGUUCACAUUCCAGAGAGCCGUCCUCCCAGCUCCGUCAUCGCGACUGUCUCCGCUUCCGAUCCAGAUGCAGGCAAUUAUGGGGCGAUUUCAUACGCAUUUUCUCAUGCUUCGGAAGAAAUCCUCAAAACCUUUCAGCUGAAUCCAAUGACCGGUGAUCUGCAACUAGUCAAAUGUUUGGAUUUCGAAACAAUUAGAACUUACGAAAUAGACAUAGAGGCCAAGGAUGGAGGAGGCCUGUCAGGAAAAUGCACAGUCAUAGUUUCCGUGGUGGACGUGAAUGACAACCCACCGGAAUUAACCAUGUCGACGGUGAACAGUCCUAUUGCAGAGAACUCGGCAGAGGCCGUGGUGGCCAUCUUCAGGGUUUCAGAUCCCGACUCGGGAGACAACGGGAAAACGACGUGCUCCAUCCCCAAUGAUCUCCCCUUUGUCCUCAAACCCACGGUGGAGAACUUCUACACCCUGGUGACGGAGCGGCCGCUGGACCGGGAGGAGAGAGAGGAGUACAACAUCACCAUCUCCGUGACGGACGCGGGGAGCCCCCGGCUGCGCACGCAGCACACGCUCGCCGUGCGCGUGGCCGACGAGAACGACAACGCCCCGGAGUUCACGCAGGCCUGCUACACGCUGCGCGUGCGCGAGAACAACAGCCCCGCCCUGGCCCUGGGCAGCGUGCGCGCCACCGACAGGGACGCGGGCAGCAACGCGCAGCUGAGCUACUCGCUGCUGGCCGGGCCGCAGCCCGGGCCCGACGCGGCGGCGCUCGUGUCCAUCGACGCCGACAGCGGGCAGCUGUUCGCCCUGAGGCCGCUGGACUACGAGGCCCUGCCGGCGUUCGAGCUGCGCGUGCGCGCCGCCGACCGAGGCGCGCCCCCGCGCAGCAGCCAGGCGCGGGUGCGCGUGCAGGUGCUGGACGCCAACGACCACGCGCCCCGGGUGCUGUACCCGCCGCAGAACGCGUCUGCGCCCUGCACCGAGCUGCUGCCCAGGGCGGCCGAGCCGGGCUACCUGGUGAGCAAGGUGGUGGCGGUGGACCGCGACUCGGGCCAGAACGCCUGGCUGUCGUUCCGGCUGCUGCAGGCCACGGAGCCCGGGCUGUGGGGCGUGGCGCCGCACAAUGGCGAGGUGCGCACCGCGCGGCCGCUGAGCGAGCGCGACGCGCCCCGCCACCGGCUGCUGCUGCUGGUGCAGGACCAUGGCGAGCCGCCGCGCUCGGCCAGCGUGGCGCUGCACGUGCUGCUGGUCGACGGCUUCUCGCAGGCCCACCUGCCGCCGCCCGCCGCGCCGCCCGAGCGCGCGCAGCCCGACCGCCUGGCCGCCUCGCUGCUCGUCGCGCUGGCCGCCCUGGCCGCCCUGGGCCUCGCGGCGCUGCUGCUCUUCGUGGCCGGCCGGCUGUGCCGGAGGCGCGGGGCGCGCUCGCGGGGCGGCUGCGCGCUGCCCGACGCCCCGUUUCCUGCGCGCCUGCUGGACGCGGGGCCCGCGGGGACGCUGGCGCGCGGCUCCCGGUAUGAAGUGUGCAGGGUGGGAAGCGCAGGGACCCAUGACUUUCAAUUCCUUCAGCCUCGGUCACCGCACCUCCCACCCCAGGGCUCUGGGGAAGAAAUAGCAGACAAUGCUCCCAUCCGAAAUAGCGUUGGACUCCAAUAG